CUAGGAUACCACCACAUGGGUGCACCCAUGCUUCGCACAGACAAACACAGAUGAUAAUUGUCUGUGUCGCACAGACAAUUAUCGCCUGUGUUUGUCUGUGCGAAGCAUGGGUGCACCUAUGGUAGCACUCAUGUGGUGGCACCCUAGCAUGGUCCAUUUGAAUAUGUACGCCGCCGUGGUUCUCAUUAGAGUAGACCAAUCUGGUGGUGGAGGAGGAGGAGUUCAUGUUCAUCACCGGAAAAUACAAGACGCCAUUGACUCGGUGCCUUCCAACAACUCCCGGCGCGUGCUCAUAUCGGUGGCUCCCGGAGUUUACCGCGAGAAGGUGGUGGUUCCGGCGGACAAGCCCUUCAUAACUUUGAGCGGGAACAAAGGGAACGGUAGCGCCACGGUCAUUACGUGGGCCGAUUAUGGCGACAUUUUUUUCUCUCCCACUCUCACCAUUUUCGCUUCUGAUUUCACCGCUCUAUAUCUCACCAUUCAGAACACACACGGCCCUGGAGCGAAAGCAGUGGCGAUGAGGGUUUGCGCGGAUAGAGUGGCAUUGUUUGGGUGUAGAAUACUAUCCCAUCAAGAUACUUUAUUGGAUGAUAGGGGGAGACACUACUACAAAAAUUGUUACAUCCAGGGUGACACUGAUUUCAUUUGUGGGAAUGCAGCUUCUCUAUUCGAGAAGUGUCACUUGCACUCGGUGUCGGAGGGGAAUGGGGCGAUAACGGCGCAGCGAAGGGGUUCGCGGUGGGAAGCGACGGGGUUUGCCUUUGUGGGGUGCACCAUAACUGGCACCAAGACCGCGUUUCUCGGAAGACCAUGGGGUGCUUAUUCUAGGGUCAUUUUUGCCCUAACCAACAUGUCCAACGUUGUUCUACCUCAAGGAUGGGACAAUUGGAAUGACCUCUCCAAACAAAGGACGGUGUACUAUGGGGAAUACAAGUGUUAUGGGGCAGGGGCAAAGAGAAGAGGGCGAGUGAAUUGGUCACGCAGCCUGUCGAGUGAAGAAGCCGCCCCAUUCUUGACCACCCACAUGAUCGGCGGCGGAAGUUGGAUUCGAAUGGCCGCCGCCCGCCACUAGCAACCUCGGAAGAUGUCGACUAACUAAUUAACGCCAGUGACGGAGGGAGAAAUUAGAUUUACCACCUUUAAAACGUGUUCUAAUUUGAAACCUUUGUAAAUAUUGGGUAUGGUAAUGGAGCAUAGAGUUCCCGUCUGGACUUAAUAACACUGCCUUUCAUUG